CAUCGGUAUCGUCGCCUGUCAAACUCUUGACGUUUUCGAAAAUAUGGGUCGGGUGAGGAUGUGUCGAAAGUUCGCUGAAACAAUGAAAAUAUUAUAUUUAAAAUAGAAUAAACAAGAAAAGGCAUUUAGCAACAUAUCAAUCAGUAUUUUUGUAUGUGUUAGAAAUAUUUUGUAAUCGUUUGGCAAAAGUGUAUUGUAAUUAUGUCGUCGGGAAUAGCGAUAUGGUGUAUGGGGCUGAUCUGCUUCGGGGUGAUGUGGCUGAUCUCCCAUGUGUACCGCCUGCUCAUUGAUGUGUAUGAGCAGUCCGCUGCACUCAGUGACAUUGAGUACUCAUGGUUCUUCAAAUUGAUGCUGAACCUGGUGGGCUACUCCACCGUGCUACUGCCCAUGUACAUAAUGUAUAAAUAUUUGGAAAAAAUCAACUACUUUGAUAAGAUAAGUAACUCGGGGUGGUCAUGGCGCGUGUUGUUCUCGUGUUUCGGCGAGCCGGGGGAGCGGCUGGCGGACAGCGCCAAGGUGCGCAAGGACGAGAGUCCCGCGCGGGAGGGCGCGCAGCUCGCAUUCUGCUUCAUCGGCCUCAUGUCGUCGUACCUCGUGUGGGGACUGCUGCAGGAGAAGAUCAUGACACAGGUGUACGUGAUGGCAGACGGCAGUACGACGCGGUUCAGCGACUCCCAGUUCCUGGUGUUCGUGAACCGUCUGGCGGCGCUGCUGGCGGCGGCGGCGCGCCUGGCCUGCAGCCGCGCCCCGCUGGCGCCCGUGCCGCUCUACAAGUUCUCCUACUGCGCACUCACCAACGUCGUCAGCGCCUGGUGCCAGUACGAGGCGCUCAAGUACGUCAGCUUCCCCACGCAGGUGCUAUCGAAGUCCUGCAAGGUGAUCCCUGUGAUGUUGAUGGGCAAGCUGGUGUCGCGCAACAAGUACGAGGUGUACGAGUACGUCACCGCCGUGCUCAUAUCCAUUGGCAUGGUCAUGUUCAUGUUCGGCAGCCACGACGACAAUGUGGUGUCGAGUGCGAUGACGUGGGGGGGCGCGGCGCUGCUGGGCGUGUACAUGGUGUGCGACAGCUUCACGUCGUCGUGGCAGGGCGCCGUGUUCUCACGCUACCAGUGCUCGGCGCUGCACAUGUUGUGCGGCGUGAACAUGUUCUCGUGCGCGCUGACGGCGGCGGCGCACGCGCACGCGGCGCCCCCGCUGCGCCUGCUGCAGCAGCCUGCCUUCCUGGCCGACUGCCUGCUGCUGUCCGCCAGCUCGGCGCUGGGCCAGCUGCUCAUCUACCACACCAUCGCGCGGUUCGGGCCCGUGGUGUUCACGAUCAUCAUGACGCUGCGGCAGGCGGUGUCCAUCCUGCUGUCGUGCGCGGUGUACGGUCACCGCGUGUCUGCGGGCGGCGCGCUGGGCGUGGCCACGGUGCUGGGCGCCGUGCUGCUGCGACUGUACGCGCGCGCGCGCAUGCGCACACGCCGCCGCGCCGCCAUACUCUAGCCACACACACACACACACACACACACACUGCCUCUACUCUACUCUUAACAUUUUCCAUUUAAUGCUCAAUAGAUGGCGCUAGUGGUCUAACGUACAGUUCGACCGAUGACUUACAAAAAUGAAGUUUAAGGUACCACUAGAGCCUCUGGUAGCGCGAUAGCUCGCAUUAGAAUAAUUCUAUAUGACCAGUGCUCGAAUACUUAUCUCAUAUAUUUAUCUAAGUAAUCGACGUAAAUAUCCUAUCCAUGGACUGAAUGCCCAAAGACUUGCUGUUAUUCUUUUUGUACAAGUAUUUUUUUCUGGUAAAAAAGAUAUUUUUAUUUCUUUUUUUUCGAAGAUUUUGUUUUACUUACAAUUUGCUUAAAUGUAACACUAAAGGGGAGGCUAUACCAACUCACUGCCAUUCUAUAGAAAGAUGCAACUUACCUACUGAAAUUAUUCAUCAAAACAUUCAACUGAGUUAUGUUACAUUUAUUUAUUUUUACCAAGUACCUAAAUAUUUUGUCCACAUAGUGGAAAAUUUUUCAUCUUCACUAUUUAUUACAAGAGAGAAGGACGAAGACGACUAUUCAGACAUACUGAUUUAAAAUGUUAUUUAUUUUAAAUGCUUCAACCAUGUAUACUAUUGUCGUGUUUAGUCCGUAAGCUGGAAUAUUAAUGUUAACUCGGCCAAACUGCCAACAGAUGGCAGUAGUGGACUUUUCAUAAUAAAUAAUGACGUAUAUUAUUUGUUUGUUUGUGUUGUACAUUAUGUGUACACGAUGCGUAGAUAUUCUCUUACAUGAUAUAAUGUUGCCAGCUAAGUCAAAUAAGUUUCUACAUGAAGGCGUUAGAAAUGUACUUAACUUGCCCGAUGUAGAUCCAUUUUUAAAUGUAUUUUUUUUGUGUAAUGUGACUAGCACAACACAGCUGCUUUUAGCACUAUGGUUUGUUUACAUGCAAAUAUCGAUAAAUUAUUCUUCUCUUCUUUAUCGUUUCGCUCUUGGCAGAGCGGCCAGGGUCACGAAGAUGUGGCCGCAUAAUUAUGUGUUAGGGGUGGACCCGGACUUUCGCGCGAUCUCCGCCAUAUUCUUUGCUUGCAGACUCUUUGACACAGAUGCCGACUGGUUAUACACAUUCCCCUUAUUAUAAAACAAGAUUUAUCUUUAGUCUAGAUUUAAACCAUUCAGUCGAUUUUUGUAUUUUGAACCUUAUUCUCAUCAUCAUCAUCAGCCUAUAAGUGCCCACUGCUGAGCAAAUGCCUCUUCUUAAUCUUAUUCUCAUUUACCUUCAAUUCAAAAUACAAAAACUGGCUCAAUGGUUUAGAUCUAGAUUAAAGAAAAUCCUUGUUUUGUAAUAAGGCCUAUUGAGUUUAAAGUUAUUGAAUGAUUUAUAGUAUUUAAGCUAAGUAGGUAGUACCGUACAGCUCACUGGAGUGCCGCAUCCGACUUACACGCAGACUGGUGCAAUGCAACAAAUAAACUUGGUGAUGAUAAUA